AUGGGGAAAAAGGUUAAUAAGGCAAGAAGUGGUCAAAAGGAGAAGCGAGGUUCUUCUGCUUCUCCAAAACCAAUUUCCCAACAAAACAUUGACAAUGUUAAAAUUUCUGAGAAUGGAACUGCUGUUGUAAAUGAUAGAGGAGUAUGUUCACAUAUCGUCAAGGGAAUUAAUUUGGAGAAAAUUUCUUCUAAACUUGGGUCUUCAGAACCUAUUGCAUGUGAAGAUUGUCGAGUUAAUGUGGCGGAUAGACGGGCAAGUAGGGGAAAAGCUAAACACGGGAAGAAGGGAGUGAGGGAUUCAAAAUCGGCGUCUAAAGCGAUUUGGGUUUGUUUGGAAUGUGGAGAUUUCUCCUGUGGAGGUGUGGGAUUCCCAACCACGCCUCAAAGUCAUGCAGCUCGACAUGCAAAACAACGGCAUCAUCCACUGGUUGUCCAGUAUGAAAAUCCUCAACUGAGGUGGUGUUUUCCUUGCAAUACAUUAAUUCCAGCUGAAAAAUCGGUCGAACACAAUGAUGUCUUACUUGAAAUUGCAAAAAUGCUAAAGGAGCGACCUUCUGAAGGGUCCAAUGCAGAUGUUGAGGAUGUUUGGUUCAAGACCGGCAGUGUGACUGGUGGAAUAAAAGAACACUCUUUGUCAAUUGGUUCAUAUGGAAGUGGCAAUUAUUCAGUUAGAGAUGAAUCUGUUGGUCCUCUUAUUGCUGCUCUGAGAAAGCUUUUCCUUGAAACCAGCCCUGAAGCUGAUAUAAGUAGUGUGAUAAAUCCGAGAUCUUUAUUUGGUAGCGUUUGUUCCAAGGCUCCCCAGUUUAGGGGAUUUCAGCAACAUGACAGUCAUGAAUUUCUUCGAUGUUUGCUCGAUGGAUUGAACACUGAAGAAUUGAGUGCAAAAAAGCACAUUAAUUCAUCUCAGGACGAUGGGAAGUCUACCAACACAGAUCGCACAUUUGUGGAUGCUAUAUUUGGUGGAAAACUUUCUAGCACAGUUAGUUGUUUGGAAUGUGCGCACUCUUCAACAGUUUAUGAGCAAUUUUUGGACUUAUCAUUGCCAGUUCCUACUAAGAAGCCUUCAUCAAAAAAGAUGCAGCCAGUCUGUCGAGGCAAGAAACCAAAAUUGCCUCCAAAAAGAAGCGGAAAGAUUCACUCCAAAGUCAGUAAAGAUGCAUGUAUACUACCAGCUCACAGUGUUGUUGACCAAUUAAGUGGUGACAACUUGUCAGGUGAGGUUCACUCUAGUUUACUUCCAGCAGAGCAAUUGGCGGUAUCAGAUUCCACGGAUACAAAUGACAUAGCUAAUGAUAUGGGCUUUUCACCCUGGGAUAUUUCAUCUAUGGAAAGGGCUGAUUACCAGCAAGCAACUGAGAAUGUUGGAGGGAGGUCAACUUCUUCAGAUAGUUUUACAUGGCUAGAUUACCUCGAGCCUAAUGCAGCAUCAAAUAACAUUGAUAUGGCCUCAGAGAUCGAUGAUCUUUCUGGAAAACAGGAUUCAGUUAAUGAAAAUGCUAAUCAGAACAAUGGCAUGUUUCUGAAUGCUUUGGAAUCUAGUACUGAUUGCAAUUUACAACAUUCGAAUUCAGCACCUUCCUCAGACAAUGUGACACUGUUGGAAUCUCUUGGACAAGGUAUAUCAGCCAGCGAGACUUACUUGGUUUCACAAUCUGAUGAGAAAUGUUUGCCUGAAUGUUCUGUAAUCAAGGAAGCUUUUCAGGAUGAUACUGAUUUAGAGCAUAGCUCAGAAUCCUCCAAUCAGGUUUUCCAUAAAGAUUCAAAUCCUGAUAUCAGUUCUUCAAGGAGGGAUGUGGAAUUGCCAUUACAGAUUCAAGAUUCUGAAGUUCUGUUGCUUCCAUACAAAGAAGAUGACCCAUCCAUUGAGGAAGUAUCACAAGGAGAAAUCGUGGUCUCCUCAUCGGCUCUUUGUGGUGAACAAGAAUCCUUAGAUUUUGACGGCUUUGGAGACUUGUUCAAUGAACCUGAGGCUGUGGCGGACAGCAAUAUUACAGUUUCUGAGGCAAGUGAAGUCACCAAAAGUGGAUUAGGUGUUGGAAAUAUCAGUGAUUCUGAUCCUGAUGAGGUUGAUAAUACUGAUGCUCCAGUGUCUGUAGAGAGUUGUUUAGCUUAUUUCACAAAGCCAGAGCUUCUCUCCAAGGAUGAACAUGGUUGGCAAUGUGAUAAUUGCUCAAAAGUUUUGCAAGAACAAAGGAUUAGAUUGAGGAGGAAAUUACGGAAAGCUAGAUCAAAAAUUGCAAUAGAUGGUCUUGAUGAUAGAGAUGCAAGUGAUCCAUUGACUGACAGUAAAAAUUGCCCUGAAGUAAAACAUGUGAAUGGGAAUGAGGUUAUUGAUAACAGAAAUUCCAUGGUUAAAAACUAUCCACAAGCCGAGAUGAAUCCAAUAGGUCCCCAAGUAGAAGACAGAAAAUCUGAGAGUGCAAUUGUCUGUCCAGGUCCAGCUGAGGUUUCACCUUCGAGGUACCAAAAUGGUGUUAAUUGCAUUGAAAAUGAGGUCAUUGGUGAAAGUGGCAUAGGUACAACUCAGUCUGGAGAGACUGAUAAGUUUGCUGAACAAAGUGAAUCAGAAGUAAGUGGGGAAGACGAUGUGGAUUCAGAAAAGUUGAAAGUGAAGAGGGAUGCAACUAAGAGGAUACUCAUUGAUAAGUCUCCUUCUGUCUUGACAAUCCAUUUAAAGAGGUUCAGCCACGAUGCUCGAGGUCGAUUGAGUAAAUUGAACGGCCAUGUGAAUUUUAAAGAGAAAAUUGAUCUCAAAAGAUACAUGGAUCCCAGGUGCGCUGAGAGAGGCGUGUACGAGUAUCGUCUGAUUGGAUUGGUGGAGCAUUUGGGGACCAUGAGAGGUGGCCACUACGUUGCGUAUGUAAGAGGAGGUGCCAAAGGUGAGAAUGGAGAUUGCGUGUGGUAUCGUGCCAGUGAUGCUUAUGUGCAUGUGGUUUCCUUGGAAGAAGUUCUUCGCUGUGAAGCCUACAUUUUAUUUUAUGAGCAAAUUUGA